GUCACGUUACUUGGUCACGUGACCUAUAUCACAUGAACCUGUAUCGAGAUGGCGGUCGGUAGGAACAUCUUUGCAGUUCUUUUGGUGAAAACAGUGUUAGCGGCCUCCCUGACUAAGGAAGUCCCCUCCUGGGGCGAUUCCUACUCAGUGGACGGUGUUCUACAGCUGCCUUACGCCGAGCUGAAGGAGCCGUUCAGAGCUUACUAUGAUGCAAAGAACAACCAAAGCCGCAUUGACUACUACAAUGAUUUAGUGAUCACUAUGCAGCUACAGACUCAGAACAUCAGCAUCAAAAUAGCGUACAUGACCACGGAAACAGUGACCAACCAGAAAUCGUGUUUCCUUGUCAACGGGAGCUCUCCCAUUCAAGCUGUCCUACCAGAUUUAUCAGACUUCAAGAAUGUAGGACAAGAUAAAAUUGGCGCGACCACAACAGAUAAAUGGGUCAAGGUCACAAACCACGGAAAGAAGAAGAGCACAUAUACUAUGUGGGUAGACUCGGCUACUAAAGCGCCUGUACGGUACGAGAUGAUGGGAUACGACUCACUACUGGGAUCUCAUUACGACAAGUAUUAUCUCGACUACUCCAACUUUAAAAAUGAGACGUCCUUCAAUGCCACAGUGUUUAACUACACUUCAUUUGGUCACCCCUGCUCCGGUUUCCCCGGUCCUGGUUUAACCGAGAGGAAGGUCCUGAUGAACCCAAUGGUAGAGUACAUUCAUAACUACGACAACCACGUAGAGGAAAUGUUUAUCCAACACAAACAGAAGCAUGCCCCGAAGUAUAGCAGCAUCAAGGAGCAUGCUCAGAGACAGCAUAUCUUCAGACAAAACCUCAGGUUUAUUCAUUCUAAGAACCGAGCAGCCCUGGGCUUUAGUUUGGCAGUGAACCACCUGGCCGAUAAAUCAAAGGAGGAAAUCCAAUUAAUGAAUGGAUAUCACUACACUCCGGGGCACCAUGGGGGUCUGGCCUUUGAUACAUCUAAAUAUAGCGCAAAGGACAUACCCGAUACAAUGGACUGGAGGUUACAUGGGGCUGUAACUCCAGUGAAAGAUCAGGCAGUGUGUGGAUCGUGUUGGAGUUUUGGGACGACAGGAACCAUAGAGGGGGCAUACUUCCUUAAGACUGGUAACCUGGUGAGGUUGUCACAACAGCAGUUGAUGGACUGUUCCUGGGGGGAAGGGAAUAACGCUUGUGACGGAGGGGAAGAUUUCCGAGCGUACGACUGGAUCAUGAAGAAUGGAGGGCUGACUUCUGAGGAGCUGUAUGGACCAUACCUGGCUCAGGACGGCAAGUGUAACAAAACAAUCACGCCUGUUGCCAAGUUGAAGAAUUACGUGAAUGUGACGAGCGGAGAUCUCCAGGCGCUGAAGUUUGCCAUCGCUCACCAAGGCCCCAUUUCUGUCUCUAUUGAUGCCUCCCAUCUCUCGCUCUCCUUCUACGCUAAUGGAGUCUACUAUGAGCCACAGUGUGGUAACAAACCAGAUGACCUUGACCAUGCUGUUUUGGCCGUGGGAUACGGAGUAAUGAAUGGACAAGCUUACUGGCUGAUCAAGAACUCCUGGUCCACGUACUGGGGUAACGACGGCUACGUCUUGAUGUCACAGAAAGAUAACAAUUGUGGCGUGGCCACUGAUCCAACAUUUGUCCUCAUGUAAAAGUUACCCCCCCUACCAACACACACAAAGACACCCUCACCCUCAGACACACAAACACUCUGAAAGAUAACAAUUGUGAUGUGGCCACCGAUCCAACCUUUGUUCUCAUGCAAAACAUCUAAAAACCAGAAUUCUUACAUGGACAGUACAUCUGAACAUGUGAAACAUCGACAAAAUUCUCAUUCCAACAAGACGUGCCAAAGUGUGCCAGGCAGUUUUGUUACAUGUAUGACACUCCAAUUUAUGAAUUUGUCAUAGGGACCUUACAAUGUUCAAGAUUAUUGAAGUAAUCUAAAUUUACGUCAUUUACUAAAGGGUGACAUUUAAAAGUUAGUUUCAGGAAUUUUUAAUAUUGUUCUGUAUCAAUUUAUUUUUAUAUUAUUUACAAACCCUCAAUACUGCAAAUGUUUCAAAUUAUAUUUUCCAUGUACAAUAUUUUGUGGUAAAUUGUUAUUCAAAAAGUAAGCAUGAAUUGCUAAAUGUGUGUUACAUACUUGUAGACAUUAUAUACAAAACAUUUAGCUGUAGUAUGUACUUUAUUUGGUGGAUAGUGCUUUUUGUGAAGUGGCUAAAUAGAAUACACCCCAAAAAGUGUUAAAUUUUUUAAGUUACCUAUUGUCUCUUCAUUCCAAGCUGUAGGUUUAUUUAUAGUUAGUUGUACAUUUAUUACAUGAUAUGUUCCUGUGAAUGUUAACUGCAAGGAUCUUUAUACCCACAGUUAAUAUAUUGUGUAAAUGUGCCAUGCUUUCUGUAUUUUUAUCCGAUUACAUUUGUGCUUUACUUACAGUUGGUCUGUGUUAUUUCUAAAGUUUUCUAUUUUGAUAAAAUUACUUUAAGAGUUUUCUGUAAAAUGAAUAUUGAGAAUAAACAGUAAUCAAUCAG